AUGAUUUCAUCUUCCAAGGACUUUCACGAGUAUAAUGAGAAGCAUGCUCGUUCUGUUCGUAUGCUUAGUCCUUCUCAAUGGCAUAAGCCACCCUUCUCGUGGAUUAAGGUCAAUUACGAUGUCUUUUUUGACCCCCAUCUCAAAAAGGCAAGUAUUUCCGUGAUUGCUAGAGAUGAUAAUGGCUGUGUUGUCGAUGGAACCAACACACUGGUUCAUGCAGGAUUUGCACUGGUGGCUGAAGCCUUAGCUUUAAGGCUGGGUAGAGUUCUUGUUGAUAAAUGGGGAUGGAGAAACGUCAUUCUUGAGUCUAACAACGAAGAGCUUAUCCAACAUUUGAACUCUGGUUUGAAGCAAGAAAGUUGGGAAACUAUGACGAUUGAAGAGGAGAUAAAGACGCUCAAAACAGCUCGACGUGGUAACACCGUUACUCUUUUUUCCCUUAUAAAUUUAGAAGAGGGACUAUGCAUCAUAAGGAAAACAAGCUAUAAGAAAAAGAUGACCUUUCCCUCUGAGAUGUCUCGGCCACCUUUUUCUUUUCCUUCUUCUUACAGAACCAUUAUCAUCUCACUUUUUGUGGUUUUAUACUGUCAUGAGAAUAUUGAAGCUGCCCUGGUCCUGCCUAACAAUGAAACCAUUCCAGCAAUUUUUGUGUUUGGAGAUUCCAUAGUGGAUCCUGGGAACAACAACAAUCUCAAGACUAUAGCCAAGUCCAAUUUCCUCCCGUAUGGCAGAGAUUUCAAGAAAGGACCUACCGGAAGGUUCUCCAAUGGCAAGGUCCCUUCCGACAUUAUAGCUGAAGAAUUUGGUGUAAAACAGCUGGUGCCUGCUUAUCUUGAUCCAAACCUGACGCUCCAAGACCUCCUCACUGGUGUCAGUUUUGCCUCAGGGGCUGCGGGAUAUGAUCCUAUCACACCUAAAUUAGCGAAUGUUUUAUCAAUGUCGGAUCAAUUAGAACUGUUCAAACAAUACACAACGAAGAUACAGUCAGCAGUGGGAGAAGAGAAAACUGCAACCAUAAUUUCAAAAGGCAUAUAUAUAGUGUGCUGUGGUAGCAACGAUGUUGCCAAUACUUACUUUUCUACACCAAUUAGGAGACCCCAUUAUGAUAUCAAUUCAUAUUCAGAAUUCACUGCCAGCUAUGCUUCUAAAUUCUUGCAGGAGCUAUAUGGACUAGGGGCAAGAAGAAUCGGGUUGUUGGGUUUGCCACCGAUAGGGUGUGUGCCAUCUCAGCGAACCAUAGGUGGAGGCAAAAACAGAGAAUGUUACGAGGAUGAAAACCAAUUAGUAUCGCUCUACAACGACAAGCUCUCUUCCGUAAUAGAUUCUCUCAAGUCGGUCUUGACUUUUCAAGACACAAAGCUCAUCUUUCUUGAUAUCUAUCAUCCACUGCUCUCCCUCAUCCAAAACCCUGCAAAAUAUGGUUUUCAAGUGGCAAAUAAAGGAUGUUGUGGCACGGGACUUAUAGAAGCCAGCGUAUUCUGUAAUCCUCUUAGCAUCCCUUUGACAUGCAAAGAUGCCUCAAAAUACAUUUUCUGGGAUGGCUACCAUCCUUCCGAGAAGGCUUACAAGAUGCUUGUAGCCACUAUAAUCAACAAGCACCUGAAUGAAUUUUUUUGA